AAGUGGGCGCCAAGUUUGGUGUAUUUCGUUUUGCUUGAGGGCGGAACCUAUCUGGAGGUACGUAUCGAUUCAGUAGAGAUGAGUCUGCAAGAAGCGAUCGCCCCACGUUGAGUUGUUGUGCUGUUUGGUUCUUAUCGAUUGAGAAGCAAACCUUGGGGGCAAGACAUACGACGUUAACUCCAGCCAAAAGGGAGACAGACAUCAGGUGCGAAUAUUAUAAAAGAUGUUACCCAUUCCAGAAACUGGUUAGUCGGUCGUGUUCGGAUUUCGCGUUCGGGAGUUGCUCCUGUUUCGCUUGUUCGGUCUGUAAUCGGUAGUGAUUCUUGGUUCUUCCUUCGAUCCAAUCAUCUGAGCCAGCUGUCCAGUCAGAGUUAUUCGCCGCAUACUGUGAUUUUCAAGUUCUGUGAAAAUGAAAGCCCUUAUUGCGGCCGUGUGUUGUUGUGUUGUCCAACUGUGGACCCUCGGAAGUGCCCAGUAUUUCAGCAUCAAUCUGGGGACGGAAGAAGAAAGUCUGGUGGCGCAACCGAUCGUUCAACCUCCGCAGGCGGCGACGCAGGAAGUGCGGCAGAAGAUAACGCCACUGGACGCCAUGGUCGAUAAGACCAACUAUCUGGGCUUUCGGUUGCUGUAUCUGCAUGCGAAGGGGAACAAAAACAACAUCGCGUUUUCGCCGUGUGCCGUGGGAAGUAUUUUGGUGGCCCUUUAUGAGGGAGCUAACGGACGGAGUGCUUCCGAAAUUCACGAGGUGCUGGUGGUGCCCUACGAUAAGGAUAUACUGAGGGUGGGCUACCGGGAUAUCCAUCGACGGUUGCGGAGUUACUUCUAUCGGAAGGAGAAUCUACUGAGCGGCCUGAGUUUGAGCAGUGAAAACAUUACUAUUCGACCAGAGUACGAAUCGAUUCUGAAAUUCUACGGAUACGAUUUGGAGAGUAUACCAGAAAUGAAAACACAAUCCACCACGCCAGCCAUACCAACGUCCCCGGAUGCCACGGAUGACACCACAAUGUUCUCAACGGACUACGAGAUGACAUCCAGCGAGGAAAGCCAGUCGACGACUGAAGCGAUACCCUCGACAAUGGACUGGACCGAAAUGGGCACUUCCGAACAGCAGGACGAAACCGAGAGCACAAUCACAACCGAAGAGCCCGAAGCAAACUCGGGUUCAGGUGAACUUACAACGGAGAAUGAGGAGAUCGGAAUGAACAGCACAACGGAAGAAUCGACGGCGGAAACGACGGAGACGACGGAUGAAGCGGAAUCUACCACGGAAGCUGCAACGGAGGGAAGUGAAAAGCGCAGGAGAAAUCUGCGCAAACGAGGCCAGAGGACCAGUGGCAGUCGACGGCAUUCCCACUCCAACUAUCGUGUGCUCAUUCGGACCAGAAGGAGUCCGGAAGAAAUCGAUAUUAUUGGCCAUCAGCGAUUUUUGCAAAAUUUCCUGCUACAGGAUGCCACAACUUCUACGCCGCUGGCAGCUUUCCCAGUUUUUUCGGAGCGAGCCAAUCACCAAUUCCAGCAGGAGCGACCUCUGGACGAUACCAUUGAGCACAACUUCUACUUGAGUGAAACGGAAACGGUGAAGGUUCCGUACAAAAUCUACAAUACAAUUUUGAAGUAUGCCUACAUCGAGAGGCUGCAAUCAACGGUGAUGGAACUGGAGUUGGAUUCGGAUGAUUACAAGUUGAUCAUCGUUUUGCCCGAUUAUGAGUUCGGGUUGGGUAAUCUACUGAAGUUACUCCAAAUCGGAGGCGAGAAUGUACCUACCCUGAGGGAGAUCGUCAGUCAGAUGAACCCGUCCUGGGUUAAAACUCUGAUUCCAAAGUUUAGCCUCAAGGGAAAUAUCAUCCUGACCAGCGAUCUACAGAAUAUGAACAUCAACGACAUCUUCGAGCCGACGCGUGCCGACUUCAGUCCCAUGACGGACGAUCCCCUUAUCUAUGCGAAGCACAUCGAGCAGUCCAUCAACAUCAACAUUCGGACCCAAUCGCUGCAACAACUCAAAAGGUUCACCUCGUUAUAUAAGAAUCCGAUUGAGCUGGCCGUCAACUAUCCGUUCCUUUUCUGUGUUUUGGACAAAGAGCUGGACCUCGCCCUGAUCACUGGCCGGAUAUUGAACCCCUUGAACUCAAGAAUACACUAGACCUAUUUUCUGAGAAGUUGUGGUUUUAAGUUGUAAUAAAGAUAUGUAAAGCUUAGUCCUUUUAGAAAUGGGACACUUUCAUUUGCCAAUAGCUCGUUAACUAGUUAUUGGAUAUUAAAAAUUUUGACAGCAUUUUGUUGCCUGUAAAAAGUACUAUUUGACCUAUUUUUUUCAAAAUUUAAAAUUUACGCGUUUUUUAGAUAUGUACGAUGCAAGAGAAAAAGAAAAAAAUAAUUUUGCACAGUUUCCUAUAAAAUUCGUCAUUAUCAAAUUGAUAGCUGACAAAACCGUCGAUUAUUCAAAGAAUUACUGAGCUUUUGUGGUGGAUAAGCAUGCAAACACUGUCAAUAAUGUCCACAAAGUUCAAAUCAAGCAUUGAAGUGAAGCAAAUGAUCGGCAACAACGGUUAAGGAUCAUCAAAGAAGUCAAGUCUCAUACCAGCAUUUUUAAUUUUCAAUAAACGAAAAACUAAGGGUAGAUCGCUGAAAUGUCCAAAACAAUUUUCUGCGAUUAACUGAAAGUGUUGCGUAGUGAUGACUCAUUGAAAUCCAACCUCAAACAACCAUUUUUUGAUGGUACCAAAGCUCUUAAGCUGUGAAACCGGUAUCGAAAAAAAACGUUCAAAAAUGUGGUCAAAAAUAAUCAAAUUUGUUCAUUUCGAAACAACUGUAUCCACUAAAAUGGUUCCAGUUUCCAGUUUCCAGAGAAGUAUUGAACCAAAAAGUAUCAGAAAUUGAAGAAAGAGGGUGAAGCCACCUAAAAUAUAGAUUUUACGAAGUAUAAGUUGGAGAAACUGAUCAAUACCAUGACUAAAAAAAGUGUGCGCCGGCCAAUGGGAGAUACCAAGAAUAAAGUAGAAAUUUCUUUAACAAAAAACGAAAGUAUUUGGUUCAAACGAAUGGUUUUUGAGAUACAGGCAUUCGUAACUGUCCCAUUUCUAAAAGAACUAAGCUUUAG